AUGGGCGGGCUCUGGCGUGGUAGCUCCCUGGCAAGCGCGGACUCCGAUGGACAGGACCUGCAGCUCUCAAACUCUCCUAGCGCCGGCGGCGCGGCGCCGCCCUGGCGGGCAACUCUCCGUGCGCGGGCUCUGGCUCAGGUGCUCCCCGUCGCUGGAUCUGUACACCGCAAGAGACGCAUAGACAGAGAAUCUGGUUCAAAUUGCAACACACUACUCAGUAUAGUGAAACAGCAGGCGACAAGCAGACAGAUCACAGUUCUUGGCAUCAAGCACUUCCUCUUGAGUCCAUAA